UGUUUCAUCUGACACAUUCCGCGGCAGUGUUUAUCGAUGAAAAUUGCACAACUCGGAGUUGAAUCUCACAAGAAAAUACCACAUUUGUUAAAAAGUUCAAGAAUUCUGACAGACGAGAGUCUGUGUGGAAUACUAUAUUAUCGUCCAUUCAAAACUGAAGGAUUGUACCAUAAUUUUCGUUUCUAUUUCAGGAACUUAUAAUGAUUUUCGAAGCAUUGAUGUCGUCGGAGGCUCACUUUGACCUGAUGGAUUUAAAGAAAAAAAUGUGGACAUUUGAGGAUGCCGAAUUUGACACUUCUCAGCACAUUCAAAACGAUAUAAGAUUCCUCAGAAACACAAGAAUUUUAGUGGUGGUUAUGCUUCUUUUCGCCAGUUUGAUCUGUUUGCCGAUCACAGGCGAUAUAAGGGAAUUUUUCUGCAUAUUGUAUUUAGUAGGCGACAUCGAGAGUACCCCUUGGUACCCAUAUUUCCAAUGCAUGGUUCUCUUUCUGAAAAUUUUUUUUGCUCUUUCUUUUAGCAAUCCUCUGUUUAUGAUGAUGUCUAUCCUUGGCGAUAACGCUUAUAGCAUAAGGAUUUUGAGGGAAAGGAUCAGGGCGAUUGAAGACAUUUUCGGAAGGAAAGAUAUGUGGUACGAAGAUAGAGCAUACCAGAAAUACGUGGAACUAACGCUGAUAAGAUGCAUUCAGGAACAUCGAAACAUUAAAGCGUGUCACAAAAUUGUUUCGCAAGUUGUGAGGAGAAAUUUACCAGCAGUUUUCUUCGUAGUGGUCCUUUUUUUUACAUCCUUCUAUUACAACAUUCAAAUGAACAUGAGCCACAAAGUUAUGAUGAAAUCUUUAGUCAACAUUGCUACAUGCCUAGUGAUCGCAUAUCUCUUCAUCAAUGUGUCGCAAAAUCUGAUUGAUGAGUCUAAUGAUCUUUACGGUGACUUGUGUAGUUGUCCCUGGUUUUUAUGGAACAAAUCGAAUAAAUCGUGUUAUACCAUGUUUUUGGUACAUGCCAAGGAACCUCUAACUGUCAGCUUUUUUGGUAUCGACUAUGAUUUUACCAUUCUAGUUAGGAUGGCUAAAACAACUAUGUCAGUUUUGACUGCAAUACAGCAACUGACUUGAAUUGAUGAUGGGCGGAAAACGGAAAAAUGUUCCAAACUUUGCACGAUGAGAACAUAUAUCUGACCUUCUCAAAGAGUUACUUGUACCAAAGUCUUCA